GUGGAAUAUGAGGCUCUAAAUUUGUGUAUAAACCAUGUAUAAACUAUAAAUUUUGUGUCCAAAACUUACUUUCUAAAGUUACUUUGAUAAACUACUUUUUAAUUUUUAAGUUAAUUAUGGCUACUCAUUUAAGCACUAAGGACCGAUUGCUGUCGUUAAUAGACGAUAUGGAGUUAAUUGCAAAGGAAAUAAUAGAAGUGUCUAUAGCCCCGAAAUCUCAGAAAUUAUCGGCAGCUGACCAUGCACAACUAACUGAUUUACUGCUAAGUAAAGAUGCAGAGUUAAAGAAGACACUAGAAUUAGCAGAUGAACAGGCUAAAAUUCAACAAAAGAUGAACGAACUUAAAGCCGAAGUUGACAAUAAGGAUCAAGAUAUUUACCAUUUACAAAGGCAACUAAAAGAUGCAGAACAAAUUUUAGCGACAUCGUUGUAUCAAGCAAGACAAAAACUGGCUUCAAUCGUUAAGUCAAGAAAGAGACCUGUUCCAUCUGAGGAGUUGGUAAAAUUUGCACAUAGAAUAAGUGCAUCAAAUGCUGUAAGUGCACCGCUGUCCUGGCAACCUGGAGACCCAAGACGACCUUAUCCUACCGACUUGGAGAUGAGACUGGGUAUGCUAGGUCGGCUCUGUGAUCUACCACUCAAUGGCCACACUCCUUCCACACUGAACGAGUUACAUCGUAUAACCACUGGAGGAGUGCCAGCGUCAGCAACAAACCAAUUCACGUGGCACCCCUCAGGAGAGCUACACAUGUCAGUGGGAGGUGGCAACUCUGUGGCCAUCGACGGGCGCAGUAAAGAUGCGCCUACACAGGAAGACGUUGAAGUCAUGUCCACUGACUCAAGUUCCAGUUCGAGCAGUGACUCACAAUAACAGUUUUGUGGUUUAUAAAUGUGCAAUUAGACAAUUGAUAUUGGAUCACACAAUGAAAGAGUGUUAUAUGAUGGGUGCAUCUGAUGUUAUUAAUAUUUCACUCAAAUAAACAAUACUAAUUCAGUAGUCAUUGAGACUGUCUCUUUGUUAGUGUUGCUGGGAUUUUAAUACAAUGUAUUUAAUUUGUACUCAAAGAAUGGAAGAUAAGCAAAGCUAUGUAUUAUUGUAUAAAGACUGCCUUUUAUAAAAUAAAGGGCCUGUUUCACUAGUUGUGGAUAAUGCUAUUUGACAGAUAAUGAUAUCCAACAGAUAAAAGUUUAUUAGAUAUUAUUCUUUUUCACCAUCCAACUUCACUCUAAUUCCAGGUCCUAAGACCUAUUUAUUAUACCUGUCCUGCUGUUGAAGUCUAAUCGUAACUUAUUUGGAGGAUAACUUUUUCCACAACUGGUAAAACAGGAUCUAAGUAUGUAUAAGUGCAAAAUAAAAGUAUACUAUAAUUUAA